UAGAUUUCUUGGACAAAAAGAAACUAGAGUUCAAAUCAGCCCCCACAGAAUGCGUCGCAGAAACGUCUCACAUCAUAUCAUAAUCGUGUAUUGGGACAUCUCCCAGUGACUCUGGGCUUUUUUGGCGAAUUAAAUUGUUCAUUUGUCUUCCACCAUAAGGAAAAAAAAAGGUGAUCAUCUACCUCCACGGGAAAAUAGAAAAAAGAAAGAUACUCGUCUGUUGAUAUUCAGGCAUUUAAUCUUGUCAAUUCUUGAUUUGCCAAGAUGGCAGCUCCUCUUGAAGCAGGUAUUGUAGUUGCUGCUGCUGCCUUGGGAGGUAGAUAUUUAAUCCAGGCAUGGCAAGCAUUCAAGGCUCGCCCUGUUGUGCCCCGUACACGGAGAUUUUACGAGGGUGGAUUUCAGCAGGUCAUGACAAGAAGAGAAGCUGCAUUAAUACUUGGUAUCAGGGAACAUGUUGCUAUGGACAAGAUAAAGGAGGCUCAUAGAAGAGUUAUGGUGGCAAACCACCCUGAUAGUGGCGGGAGCCAUUAUCUUGCUUCUAAGAUCAACGAGGCAAAGGAUGUCUUGCUGGGGAAGACAAAGGGCGGUGGUUCUGCAUUUUAGAACAACGUAGAAGAGACUGAUUGGUUCACUCAACUGAUUUUUCACUGUAAUUCUACACAGUUUUUGUCUUUUAUAAAUAUGCAAAUUUUGACAUGUUCUUAUUUGUCAUCAGAAAUUUAACUUACAUUUCCUUCGAUUUAUACUAAUUUAUUGUAAUUCAGUGAAGACUAAAGGUGGAUUUGUUUUUGGAUUAUAUUUGAAUGAUUGUAUUUUCAGUCAUAACUUUGAUGUUCUUAAUCCUAGUAAUUAAUUCACUCCCUUCAUGGAGAGUGUUAUCUUUGUCCAA